GAAAAAAAUAUUAAUAUUUUUAUUAAAUUUAAAAUGCUAGUAUAAGUUUGCAUGAGUAUGCCACAAGGACAAAUGCGAAUAGAUCAAACCCUCCAGCUCCGCCUCCUUCCCAUUAUAAAUUUGGUCAGCUCUAUCUGCAGGUUUAUUCCAACUUCCAAAUCCCAAAAAUGAAAUUUAUCAGAGAUUCUGUUUCUGCCAAACACGGCCUUAUGAUGGCAUCCCUAAUCCUUCUCAUGUCGCACGUGCCUCAUUCCGCCACGGCGCAGCCUCAAUCUCUAACCUUCGUGAAGAAGUCCUGCCAAACGACGACGUAUCCGCCAAUCUGCCUCAAAACCCUAACUCCCUACGCCGCCUCCGUCGGGACCAGCCGCCUGAAGCUCUGCAACGCCGCCCUCACGGCGGCCAUACAGGCGGCGACAGAGUGUUCCGCCACCGUCUCGAAUCUGGCGAAAAAUCAGAAGGGAAUCGGCCGGCCGGAAGCUCGCGCGAUCAAGGAGUGCAUCGGCGAUUUGAAGCACGCCGUCUACGAGCUGAAGCAGACGGUGGGCGCCAUGAGGCGGCUGGGCGACGCCGACCGCGAGUUCCAGUGGGCGAACGCGAAGACGUACGCCAGCGCCGCCAUAACGGACGCCGAGACGUGCACCGAUGGAUUUCUCGGCCGGAAAGUCGACGCCGCCGUGAAGAAGAAGAUACGGAGCUGCGUUUCCGGCGUGGAGAAGCUCAUCAGCAAUUCCUUGUCUCUUAUUAACCAUCUCUACUAAUUAACCGCCACCAAAUUCAUAUAAUAAUAAUAAUAAAUAAAUAAUUAAGCUUUAAUGUGGGCGUGGAUUGGGCUGUUGGGCCUAUAAUGGGCCAUAUUUAUGCGCCUUUUAGUUUUAGAAGUUAUAUUUCUAUUCGGCCUGUCUAUUUCUUUAAUUAUUCUGGAUCACAGAGAAAGAGAGAAAAUAUAUAUAUAUCUACAACUUGCGUAUUCGGAUUCGUGCGGCUAAAGCG